AUGGGCGCAGGAUACUCGUCCCCCCGGAUGACCGAUUUAUUGGCUCGUAGGGCUUCUAUUUGGUCUGCUCCCCAGCUAGGUCAUACACGACUCUUUGACUCCAAUUUGGGCUCCGGUCCGCUGGUCCCUUCGUCCCCACAACAUUUCAACCUCAGAGAACUUGCUCAGAUGGGUGAUAGUGACAGUUCAUCUGGGGCUCUUUUACCCAGCGCUCCUUUCGAAGUCCCAACCAUGACUCAACAGCGACCCUCGAUAGCUCCGCGAUCGCCAAUUGGCGGUGAAGCAUCCAGUAAUAUUUCAAAAGCUGACUCGAGCUCUUCUGCGCGCUAUGGGAACGUCCGUCGCCCAAGGAGCCGGCAGCCUAUCGACUAUACUCGUCAACGACCCGUGUCCGGUGAUUCGCAACGCUCGCCUUCUAUUGCCACACCCCCUCCGUUCACGUACGCCCGCGGCUUGGUGGGGAUGACUGUCCCCCAGCCUACUCCAGAAGAACAGCAUAAGCCAUUCGCAUGCAGUUAUUGUUCCAACAGAUUCAGGCGCAGGCGUGAUCGCGAUCGUCAUGAGCGCUCCAUCCACACUCGCGAGGCGCCAUAUGUCUGCCUCUGCUGCGACAAGGCGUUUGUUCGCGUAGAUGCACGAGCAAAACACUGGAGAACAGAUCCAUGGUGCCGAGAGAUCCAUGAUAAACUCGUGCAGACCCCCGAGCAGUAA